GGAAUUUGUAAAAUUGGUAAUCUUCCUUUGCCAUAAGGAACUGAAUCUGCUUAAUUAUGCGAUUUCUAUACCAUGUUGCCAUUUUCUUACAUCGCUCGCUAUGUGGCAUUGUCUGAUAAUCCUAUAGAUAUAUUUGUAUAUGGACAACACAGUUUUUCAGAUAAUCCAAACAGAAUUCCCCCCAGUUUGGUUUAUCAGGGUUCUACUGAAUUUCAAUAUUCACUGUCUAUUAUAGCUCUGACACAAAAACACAACGGCUACUAAGAAAUACAAAAUUAAGUAAAUUAUUUGAUUCAACUAUGUAUGAAGUUAAGAAAAGCCAUGACUUUUAUAAAGCGAUGAAGUAUGAAAGAGGACAACCAAAGGGUCGAGAGGAUAUAAGCGAUGCAUCAAAGUAAAGAGUUGCAUGUGAGAGUUAUGGAAAACAAAUUAGUUCAGUAAAAUGUUUUGUAUAUUUCCUUCUAAUAUUAAUAUAUGACAUAAUGGUGGGUUUAAAAAUAAAGUUAUUAAAAAUAAAAAGGAUAUUUAUUGAAAGGGUUCAAAAACAGUAUGGUAAUAAAAGUAGGCACCUAUCAAAUACUUGCCGACUGCAAAACCAUGUGGGCAUAAUCAAAGUAGGCCCAUGUGAAGUAUAUUUGUUAUGCAGCUGAUCUUCAGAUAAAGAAUUUGCCCAAUAUGUGAAACGAGAAGUAGAUCUUCUGUAUUCUUUUAAUUUACAGCCUAUAAUAGAAUUAGAUCUAUCUUGUGCAGCGCAGAUUGCAUGAUGACUCGUUCAGGUCCAUAUAUCAUCCACAUCUUGAAAGCACAGGUAACUUCCAGUACUGAACUUCACUGCUUGAUUUUUGGCAAAACCUACUAUAAAGCAAUAAUUUACAAUGAAGACUACAUUUUAAACGAUGUAUUUAGUGCAUACAUGCUCACUCACCUCCCCUUGGGGCAACGGCAUCGCUUUUAUUGACAGUUAACGUUAUGUUGUGUUUCUGACAUAUAUCAUGCCAGCACAAUAGCUUAUUUUCUGUAUUAUCGUCACUGGCAUCGUUGAAAACAGACACUUCUAACUUCAAGGGAAACUUUGCAGUCUGUAAGAUUAUGGAACCAAAACAAUCAUCUAUCCAUUCAGCGCCGUUGUAUAUUGGAAUAAUAAUAGACUAAAAACAGAAACAAAACUGACUCAGACACCUUGUUGAGCCAUUCGUACAAGACUUCCCGAUACAAGCCAAUAUUUUCUUACGACAUCUGCAAUAGUUUUAGGACGCAGAUCAUCAGCGUGAAUUUUAGUUGAUGGGAUAGAAUCUAUCCAAUCUAUAGAAUUCAUUUUACAAAUUAGCUGGAACGUUCAGCCACUAGUUGCAAAUGAACCAACGCACGCUACCAUCUUCUCGUGACGUCAUCACCACAGAGAAAAAUCUGAAAGCAAUUAUAGUAAACAGUCGACAGUUGACGCUAUUCUUGGAUAAUUUUGGUUAGGUUGUGUGUUGGGUAGCAAGAAUAAGUCUCGUUCGACAACCAGUUUUAUACGAUGCAAUGUCAAAGCAGAACUGCGGACUAGUUUAAUACGUAAAAGAAAGUGACAAUGGCUGAGUUGGUUGGCACUGAAUGUGUCAGUUCUGCUGUUAUUAUUAAUUCGUGGCAAAGUAAUGAAGACCCCAGUGUGUCUCCAGAAGAAGUUAUUUGUGGUGUGGCAAAUGACUGUAUAAUAUUUCCUGAACCACGCAAUGUUACCACUAUUGAUUCUUCUAUUAACUUAUCUUCCAAUGACACUGUUACUCCAGAUACAAUUCAAGUGAAAUUGGACCCUGGGACCAUAGAAGUUGUGCAUUAUGAGUUCCCUGAACAGGAUUUAUUUAACAUUCAAGUUGCUGAAGAAGAAGUCAUAUGUGAAACUUGGGAUAAUGCUGAAGUGGCACAUGAAGAAGUUGUACAGAUGGAUGGAGAAGAACAAGGAGGAUACAAUGCUUCAGAAGAUCCAGAUGAUGUUGAGAUUCCCCUUCCUCUGGAUCAAGAUGCUUACACAACAAUGCGACCAUAUCCAUGUGACUUUUGUAGUCGUCGUUUCCGAAAGAAGGCUAAUUUAAUGAAUCACAUGGUAGCUCAUCAGACAGAUCGUCCACAUGGUUGUAAUCUUUGUGGAGCUCGCUAUAGAAGAAAAUGUGAUCUUAUAAAUCAUAUGAAAAUUCAUGCCUACAAGCCAGCACGAGAUGUUACAGAUGAGGAGGAGGAGGAGGAAGAGCCUGUUGUUAAUUCUGUCCCUAAUAACACUGGAGCAAGGGGACGUCGCAAGAAGGUUUUUCCACAGAAAAAAAGGAAAACCUUUCCCACUACCAGUACAUAUCUCAAUAAACCUAGUGAUUCAGUACCAUUUACAAAAGGUGGUAGGAAGAAGAACAUUACUAAUUUAUCAAGAAAGAAACACAUUGAUAACAGUGUCACACCUUCUGUUAGUACUGCUCAUAGUUACAUUGAGGAAGAUGUGAGAUUACUGAAAGAAUCAACAUCACAUUUUCCUGACUCUGAAGAUAAUUCAGAAGAUCAGAAAUAUGAUACUCCAGCUGCCGAGGAAAAGCCACCUCGUUGGCCUGUUGUGGAUGAAUCUCGUCCAUAUGUGUGUCAGCAUUGUGGUGUUGGAUUUGCACGCGAAAAAGCUUUAGGUUCUCACUCUCGAGUGCAUGCUGGGGACAGCCCAUUUGAGUGCAAUACCUGUGGAGAGAUGUUCUGGGACAUCGGAAUCCUUCGUGAACAUAAAAAGGCAAAACAUGGUAAUCGGUUAGAGUACGAAACUUUAGAUACAGGGGAUGAUAGGUUUGGAGAUUUUCACUGUGAAACUUGUGGCCUUGCAUUUCAUCGGCAGGAUUUGUUGAAAAGGCAUCGUAGGCUUCAUGUGAAGACCGAGAGUGGGACAGAAGAUAAUGGAGAUUACAGUUGCCAAGUAUGUGGUGGCAGUUUCACCACUGAGCCUGAUCUCCUUGCUCACAUGGAGACACAUGCACGUUAUCAGCCACAUCGCUGCAUGUUGUGUGGAGAGUGCUUUCUUGACAGUAUGUCAGUGGCUGCUCAUGUACGCAAACGCCAUGCUAAAAACAUACCACCUAAUGCCUGCACUUUGUGUGGCAAGACGUGUCGUGAUCGCAGAUCUUUGCAGAAACAUAGUUGGGUGCAUUCUGCAGAGCGCUCUUUUCCUUGCCAUAAAUGUGGGAAAAGAUUCCACAGUCGUGCUAGGCUAAAGAGGCACAUGGUAUCUCAUAGAGAUAAGGCUGUAACAUGUGAAGAAUGUAAUGAAGAGUUCCCAGAUGGAAGGGCAUUAAUUAAUCAUAGACACAGUCAUAAUAAAGAUCAACCUGGUCGCCAGUUUUCAUGCCAUGAAUGUGGCAAAACUUUUGGGUCCAGAAGCAGCCAACAAAUUCACGCCCGAAUCCAUACUGGAGAGCGUCCAUAUGGCUGUCGCUUUUGCUGGAAGGCUUUUGCUGAUGGUGGGACUCUGCGGAAACAUGAACGUAUUCACACAGGAGAGAAGCCUUAUGCCUGUCCUGUUUGUCCAAGAGCUUUCAAUCAGAGGGUUGUCCUCCGAGAACAUAUUCGGUCCCAUCAUUCAGGACCAGAGGUGAGAGCUGGAGGGGGUUACCCUGCCACUUACUUGUGCAAGGUUUGUUCUUGCACAUUCACCACCUCAGAAGAUUUGUGUGCUCAUCUCAUUAAGCACAGUGAUGAGAAUACAGCUAAGCAACGCACACCUAAAAUAGGACCUCGCAAGUACAAACGCAGGCGUAAACUAACGCAACAUGAAUUGGAUUUACUGCUGACAGAUCCAGUUGAUUCAGGAAACCGAAGUGAUGAAGACACUGAUGAUUUUGAUGAUGUAAAGCAUAAGAUAUCAAAAAAAAAGUACAAAACUAAAGGUAGGUCUAAUACUACUGAAAAUUUAGAGUCAGUAGCCAAAUCUUUUGAUUCUGUUCUUGAAAAUUUUAAUUCUUUAACUGGCAAUUCAAAAACUGAUGCUGCUAAAAAAAAACACAAAGUGAAAGGGAGGUAUUCUCCAGAAAAAAGAACAGGGAAUUCAGCUGUUAAUAAUUCAAUAUGUAUGGAUCAGUCUAAACCUAGUGUUUCAAGAUCUUUGUCAGGUGGUUUCCUUAAGAGUACAAGACCGGCAGGGCAAGGGAGGGUCAGACCGAGAACAAAAAAUGUGACACUCAGCGCACUUGCUGCAUUAAAAGCAGUUAGUAGUAAACCUAAUUCAGCCCCUGAUCCUUCAAAUAAUUCUGAACUCAACAGAGCACGACCAAGGACAAAAAACGUAAAUUACCAUAAUGUGAAAAUGGCUAAAUUGCAGACCGCUCGGUUCCCCAACAGCCCUAAAGCAAGUGGUGGAAAGGCGAAACCAAAGGCUGCACUGAAGCAAAGACAGUCACCCAAUAUUAAAGGUUCUCCCAAGGCUGCGGAGAAUGUUGUGAACGACUCUGUGCCUGAGGCUGCACCCCCCCAACUCUCUGCUGUUUCCUCUGCCACCGAGCAAGCAGGGGGGCAUGAAGUGAAGGUGGAAUUCACUUGUGAGAUGUGCAGUGAGACUUUUACAAAACGCUCGGAACUUCUUGUGCAUGUCCCUAUCCAUAUAUAGAUUUUAUUCUUUUCAGAUUUGUUACAUUUGAACAUUUGUAUACUUUUAUACAGAUGGUGUCAGAUUUUUUAAAUUUUGAAAUGGACAUAGUGUGUUCCCGGCCAUUUACAUAUAUUGAGUUGUGUAAAUCAGUAGCAAAGUAAUAAUUAUUCUAAUAAUAAUAAUGAUAGUUUAAGGAAUGUAUUACUUGUAUAAACAACGUUGAAACAGUUGUUUAAAAGUAUUUUUGGAAAAUGGUUAUUGAAAGAAUAGUCUAAUUCAAAAAACAAACAGAUGUUUAAAUGUUUCAAGUAUAUGUAUUUAUUAGGAUUACGUAUUGUAAUUUUUACCAUAUCUGUAAGAAGUUGCAUCUAGUUAUUUUGUCUCUAGAAAAUUGAAGCAAUAUGUUGUAAGUUUGAUGCUUCGCAAAUUAGAUACUUUAAUGAAACACCACUAAGAUGUAUACCAUGAACGUUAUAAAGGAUUUUGUUUCUUAAUUUACCCAAAGAGUGUUUUUGGAAAGUAAUGACAUUUAUUCAUGAACACUGUCAUAUAUAAAAGUAACUGUGAAAGUAAAUGUAUUGUUUAAUUCAUAAGCAAUGUGCCAUUGUAAUAACGUAAUUGCAGUGAUGAGAGUGUGUUCAGAGAAGUUUCAUUGGGCAUGUUGGUCAGUUUUAGAGAUGAAUGUAGAUAACUGAGGAUACUUUAAACCUCAGGUAAUGGUUACCUGAACACUGAAGCAAAAUGAAACUGCUUAUAUAGAGAAAUGUAGGCACAGGAAUAUUUUUUUGGAUUUUGAAUUAUAUUUGUAACAAUUAGUUUUCUCACCUGACAGUGGACAUGAUAUGUUUCCAGUUUUCAAGUAUUACAAUGCAAUUGAAAUAAUUUUAUCCCUGUAUUGUUGGUAGUGUACGUACAUUAAUUGUAAAGUCACAUACUCCAAGCAAUAUUUUUGACUGAAUACUGAUAAAUUGUCAUUUCUUGGGACAGAAAAUAUGCAAUUUGUAGUUCUCAUAGGAUUAUUUGACCACAUCUGCAAGUUUAGAGUGUAAUACCUGCUAGCUGUGCUAUUGAUUUGAGUUUUACAAAUUUGAUAAUAGCUAGCAGGAAGAGAGCAUAUUAAGGUCAAGGGGGGUUGUUUUGUUUUAAUUGUGCUUUUUUUCCAUCAUAUGUAUAGAGUCAUUCUAAAAUGAACCAUGGUUUCACAGAAAAAGAGGAAUAUAUUUUAUAAUUUUAACUUUGUCAUGCGUCUUUUGUUUUAGAAAGUGAAAUUAAUAAAAUACCUAUGCAGUUAAUUUGUUUGUAUUGAAAUGUAGUUGACAGUACACAGUUCUAUAUGUAGUCAAUGUGAUUUUUUCACUAAUGUUUUAACAAAAGUUGAAAUUACCAAAAUGUUUAUAAUAAUUAUUUCAUAUGUAGGUCCUCUAGGCCCCUUGAACUUAAAUUUUGUUAUCCCUUCAUUAAUUCAUAUAAUUUCUUCCCCAACUUCUUAUAAAGGGAACAGUUAAUUUUGAAAUACAUACUGGUACACCAGUAAGACACUCUAGAUAUUCUAAGCAUUUAAUAUUGUGACAGUGGAAUUUGUUGAAAAUGAAGGUGCGACCAAGUUCACUUUAAAUUUAAAGUACAGUUAAGUGGUUAACUACAAAUGCUUUUGACUAUUCUUAGCUGGGACCACUUUGCAUUCUGAAUUUCACUGGCAGAAUCUAAAAAUGAAAUGUACAUUUCCUACAUUAAAACAGUGAAGUGUUUU